AAUAUAAAUUAAAACUUAUUUAUAUCGUUAUUUUUAAAAAAGUAUUGUAUUUGAAAUCAUUUAAAUUUCGCGGUUGGUCACACUGUGUCUUGAAGGCGGUUAGUUCUUCCGGUUCUCUCUUUUCCACGUAAACUCGCUCUUGAGAAGAUCACAAUGGGGAGGUACUCUCAUGAACCUGCCAACCCGGUAAAAUCCUGCAAAGCUCGAGGAUCGAAUCUUCGUGUUCAUUUUAAGAACACUCAUGAAACGGCCCGUGCUAUUAAGAGCAUGUCAUUGCGUAGAGCACAAAAAUAUCUGAAAAAUGUUGUUGAACACAAAGAAUGUGUUCCUUUCCGACGAUUCAAUGGUGGAGUCGGUAGAUGUGCUCAAGCAAAACAAUUUGGCACUACACAAGGUAGAUGGCCAAAGAAAUCAGCAGAAUUUUUGCUGCAGUUGUUGAAAAAUGCAGAAAGCAAUGCAGAUCUUAGAGGUUUGGAGGUUGAUAGAUUGGUGAUUGAACACAUUCAAGUGAAUCAUGCACCUUGUCUACGAAGAAGAACUUACAGAGCUCACGGACGUAUUAAUCCCUAUAUGAGUUCUCCCUGCCACAUUGAAGUGAUUCUUACUGAAAAGGAAGAUGUCGUAGCCAAGGCAACCGAAGAAGAACCAUCAAAGAAGAAGUUGAGCAAGAAGAAGUUGGCUAGACAGAAGGAAAAGAUGAUGAGAGAAUAAUCAUGUUUUUCAAGAGAAAAAAUAAAAAAUAUUGUAAAAUAAGA